AUGGGUUCCAUCCACGACCGCUUCAAGGACGACCGCGACUCCAAGGUCUCUGCCCGCGAGUUCUUCCACGCCCUGGGCCAUUCCACCAAGGCGUCGGGUAUGGGCCGCCGCGUCUACGAGCAGGCCGACAAGGGAACAUACAACCAGGAGUACAAAGAACAGGGGACGUUUGUCGGCCAGCUGGGCGAGCGUCGCCAGUACGAGGCGCGUCCCGCUCCACCCACACUCCCCUCUAUCAACUCGCCGAGUGACGUGUUGAACGCCCUCGGCCCUAACCAGCAAACCGACGCCAACUACGCUGCUGCCGUGCUCGAGUCUUUUGUUCGCAGCCAGCUCGAGACAGGCCGCAGUGAGGCCGAGGUCUCUGUUGACCUGAACGAGCUUGAGAAGAGGCAGUACUCCUCUGUCUCCGGACCGCAGUCGGACGUGUUUACCUACAUACGCCAGACGUUUAGGCUUGAGGCGCCGCCUGCGUACGGAAAUGCCCCGCCUACGUAUCAUUAA